AAAAAUAACAGCACUUUGGGACUGAACCAUUCACUUUUCAACCAGGUGAUGCAAUCACAGACCACGCUUCAAACCUGAGUGAAAACAGCACAAAAGCCUAAAUGGUUUAAUAAAUAAAACCAUUUUCGUUACAAGAAGGAAUAAAGAUAAGUUUCUCACAAAUUAGAUUUUUGAACGACAGUCAGUGCUCAUUGUUUGAUUCCCCGGGCAUUAUAUAGGAGUGGUUCGAUCCAAUACUAUUGAAGGGAAGGCUGAAACUGUUUGUUUUCGACGCAGGACAGAAGCGUUGCUUAGACUCUCCACCGCAGCAUCAAUCUGCCGUAACGGUUUCUCACAUUUGUGUACUGUCUGGUCGGUUUCUUAGCUUUUUUGGCUCGCCAUGGCUCUGUGCGAGGGUGUAGGAGCCAUGGCUUUACCCAGCGAGCUCAUCGUUCACAUAUUUUCCUUUCUAUCCGACCGAGACAAGCUCCGGGCCUCGGCUGUUUGUUCUCGAUGGAGGGAGUGUCUCUUCUACCCAGCGCUGUGGACCGAGCUCAAGCUGCGGGUAGGUGGCGGUUGUAACGGCGGCUCCAGCUCCGAGGACGCCCCGAGACUGGAGUUUCUCAUGCGGAAGUUCGGUUCUUUCGUGCGGGAGCUGCAGCUUGAACUUGCACCGGUGGAAGGCUACCUCAGUCCUUUAAACAGCGACUCAUCGUCUUCCAGGAUGGACCAGCCUCCCGGACCCGAUAACGAUUCGCAGCUCUCCGAGCGAUGGAGAGACGCCAUGGCCAACUACUUGGACCAGGUGUUAUGUGUGUUUACCAGCAUCCGUAACAACAGGUAACUUAUCAUUCAUUACCCCGUAACACUUUGGAUGUUUAGUUUUGUUUAUAAUCGGGAAUGUUUAUAUCAAUGUUUAUAUCGUAUCAAUAUUGUGAAUUUGUUGCGUCGCAGUAAGCUAGCAACUGGCUAAUGUUAGCUUAGUUAGCUAUAAACAAACCCUGACAUUAGCAGUUACGUAAUCAGGUCAUGUCUUUGCAGUACAGUUAGUAACAUUCGCUAGCGUCUUCUUGUUAACCCAUGAGAGGGGUUUUGCUUUACUUUACUGUUUAUUUUCCCAUUAACGGCCAUUAAUUAGUGUUUUUGGCUAACUCUGUAUGUUGUGUACAUUCUUGUACUAACGCUGCUCUGCGUUUCUUUUGUUGCCAGUCCUAUUUUCUGUUUUACACUGUGGUCUUCAUACCAGCAUACACAAUGCAGCACUGGUGCAGGCUAGAGAAGGCUUUGUUGACUUUGACGUGCUGAUAUCAGCAUUGAAAGACACAUGUACAGUGUGUGUGUGUGUGUGUGUGUGUGUGUGUGUGUGUGUUAAACCGUGUAACUCUGGUAUAUUGUUGCAUGCUGAAGGAUGAAAUCACAUCUGUCAUGCAUACAUACAGCCCAAACCGUUGGCAUGUAUUUGCUGGAACAUACUGUUCUGUGUAACUCGAGUUUACUGAUGUAGUACAGCACAAGUUGCCUCUGUUACACCUUCUCCUACAUUCUCCACUCUUUGAAAUAAUGCAUUGUGGUACAGGGACAGCAGCCAUCCAAAGCUGUGCUGCUCAUGUCUUGGUUCUGCUGAGGGGGGCAAAACCUUUUCUAUUAUUUGACCUCCCCUCGGUGUCUCUGACGUUUUUCCAUACACAGAAUAAACUCACUCUUUUAUGUCUACCCCAGGUUUAUGCUACAGAUAAAUUCAUGUGUUUGAUUUGAGUUGUGUUAUGAUGAAAAUCUGAACUUUUAUAAACAUUCAAAAGUAAUGAGCUUUCAUAUUUAAAUGUGGUAUAGAGUCAGUGUUUACUGUUGUCUCACCUGGCAGAGAGCAACAAAGAUCCAUUCAAAGUUCAGAUAUUUUUAGGGAGUUAUCUUAACUCUGUCAAGGUUACAGGUUGGUAAAAUGCCAGGCGCCAUAUCUAACCUUGGUCAUGUAUCUCCAGACUCCCAAACCUCAGCUUUUCAUGAAGUAAGCAUUUAUUCAUUCUACAGAUCUUGAUCUCAUUCAAAAAUAAUGAAACAGAUAACUUAUUGUUUCUUUAUAAAGGACUUUGGCCUCUAAGAAGUGGCACAUGAGACUGCUGAUGGUUUCACUGCAGAGGCAUUUUGUGAGGCUUAAACCUCAGCUGAUUUUUCCAGAAAGAUGGCUACAAGACAAAGUGUACAUAGUACCUAGAAGAUAAGUUACUUUUGUGGGGGAGCCUGCAUGUUGCACAUGUGUUUGAUCUUUUUUUUUCCCAUAACCAUGUCAGUGAUUCUCUGGUCAUGGUAGUUUUAAAGAGUUUGUUUUUAAUAGGAAGUAUUAGUGAAUAUUUGUCAGUGGAUCUAUUUGUCAUUUGCUUACCAAUAUAAAUAACAAUAUCAUGGGUUUAAUGAAAUAAAUCUAUUAAUCUUAAUUUCUGCAUCAUAGUGGUUUACUCCAUGGCAAGUCUCCCCAGUUUCGUAACCAUGGAUGUGUUAUAACUGACACUUUACCACUGCUCUACAGUGGCCUAGAAGAAAAUAUUUAUUUGAAUUUAUCAUAGGAGGUUUAUUAAAAACCAAGCCAUGGUCCCCCACUCAGCCUAUCUUACAGUCUUGCUCAGCAGCCACUUGCUGCAUUGCAGUGAAAAACCCCCCUGGGGUGAAAUAAUCUAUGCCCCAUAGACUACAACUGUGAAAUAGUUAUUCUUGAACCUGACACUACUGCUCAAACUGCUAACAUGAUCCAGUUUGACCUUUUUUCUACUGUGAAGUUACCCAGAGAAAAACAUUUUCUUAAUCUAAAUCUCUUUCUAAACUGAGAAAAGUGAUUUUAAGUAAUGGUCAUCACAAAUUCAAGUCUUUGGGUUUAAUGAGUGUGUGAACUAGCAGCCAGGCAGCUGUAAAAAACAGUGCUGCACAUAUCCUUGUAGACAGAACUUAACUGGCAUGUGCUCUAUUUGUUGAAUUAAAUUGGAAAGACUCAGUGGUCGUAAUUAAGGUCUGGUGUGCAGGUCUGAGUAAUCGAUCUGUGAAUUUAUCACCUAAAGAUGGCAAAAGGGAAAAGAAGCAGUGAGAGAGUAAUGAGAGACAGCACUUGCAAGAAGUCUUAAAUUUUGUAGAGGUUCCCACUGGAAAAUCACUCCAGGAAAACAUUCUGGCUGUCAACUAACAUAAUUAAUGUAAGUUGCACAUCUACUUAUUCAACAGAUUUAACCCUAGGUAGUUUGUAGGUGUGAAAAAAAUAACGUAAAAUAGAUGUGUGUUUUAUCAUUGCUCAAUCCUCAGACAGGUACAAGGUAACAGCUGUCACUUCAUUUCAGUCAGUUUUGGGAACAAUGUAUGAGUGUGUAGUUAGCUUAGCAGAAGGUGACUGAGUGCUAUGUGGCCCCUGUGCUUACCUGUAUGUCUUCCAAAGUAUCAACCUAAGGCAUUAAAUCCACUUAGAAAACUUCUCAGAUUGGUAUCUAAAGAUGGUAUAAAGGUGGAGUGCAGCUAAUUACAGGGCAGAUAUCUGGCAGGACAGGCGAUGACCCAGCAAUACAGCAAAUUAGGACCCGGUCAGUUUGCCAGAAAUGCCAGAAGUUUUUCUCAGUGAAGGGAAAUAGUUGAACUCAACCCUCAGUCUCACUCAUGUUCCCAUAUUACCUUUAUCACUAUAGAACCAGAUACACAACUGACAUUUGAACUGACUUUUAUACACACUGGAAAAGCAAACUGAUGACACCCAAGCUAUCCUUGUGUGGUGGUUCCUUCAUGAGUGGGCUUGGUUCUGGGCCAAAUCACUCAGUUGAGAAUGUCAACACAAAAGACACAACCCAUUUUUCUAUCCUUGCUUUAUUUUGAUGAAUUUAUUACAUAUGAAACAUCAGUUAAUAUUUCCUGCUCUCUGCUGUGAUUUUCCAUAAGAGUAUGAUGGGAGGGAGGAAAUACUACGAAACAGAAAACAGAACUACUUUAAACAUAUUUGAAUACAUUUCUGACUGCGUCUGCAAAGAAGAACACACACCUUUAGUUUCUGAAUUUUAACAUUUUCAUUCCCUUUUUCUCCUCAGAAACCUGCAAAAGCUGAGUCUGUAUGGAGACACCUGUAUACUUCAGCAAGAGGGGCUGUUAGACAGCUCUAACCUGCACCAAAUUCACCAAGGGGAUAAAAAGAUUAACGAGUAAGUUUGGUCUUGACAAUGUUUAUGUAUUCUACCACUUUCCAUUAGAUCCAGUGACUUUUUUUCUGCUCCACAGAUUGUUUUCAUGCUCUGUGGGUAAAAUUCACCCCACAAGAAUCUGCAACAUGGUGAUUUUGAAAAUAGACUGCUCAGUAUGUUUGGUCAAAACAAUACUGCUUGUGUUUCCAGUGCUCUGAAGAUGAUUGUGUGGGUUUUGGAGAUUUUUUUAAAAUGUUAAAUCUUUUGCUGGCAUUCAAAAGAGAUUGUAUUGCCAAGGGUUUCAGACUCAUUAAUUUACAAAACCGAAUAGAAUAGAUGCUUACAAAACUGUUGUCCGAGCACUAUUAAGACUGGACUCAGCAACUGAAGUAUCACCACAGCACAGAACCCAACUUGCCCACAUUUAACACUGUUACUGUAUGGCCAUCUGUCUGUCCAUUGACUAUAUUUUGAUACUACAGUGUAGACAUGUAUGGGCAUAGAGAAAUUAGACUUAGUUAAGCCUUUGUUACCUGUUGAUGGUGUGUCUGACAUACAGCUGUGUUAAGAAGUUUGGGCGACCCUUUUCAAAACAUUGAGCAAUCAUCUUUUAUUGAACAGACCUUAAUCUGUUUGACCUCUGCUCUUGUAAGUUGCUAUAUAAAUAAAAUUGACUUCAAUUCUAGAGUGACUUACACUUUAUUUAUUUAGUUUUUCUUUAGUUUGCAAUUAAAUCCCAUGAGAAAUACCAUCUUAAAAAGUUAAGGAAUUAUUUGUGUGGCUGUUUAAAGCAAUGAUUUCAAAGGCCCAGAUCCAUGUGAUUUACUUGUUUGGGCUUUAAUGAGUCAGGUGAAUUUAAUUUCAGGGUUGACCUACUUAUUUUUGACGUUAUUCUGUGUAUCAGCUGUGCUGCCUGCUGUUUACAGCCUUGGAUCCCUGAACAGUUUCCCAAGGUUAUCAAAAAAAGUAGGUUUAAGGAUGAAAGCUAAACACUGAAGUGGUACUGUGUCCAUGUGAAGAAACAUGAUCAGAACUUUGAGUGGAACUAAAUAGAUUGAAUUAAGUCAGGUCAGGGACCAAUGAAAUCAUCAGACCUAGAGGUAAAUGUUCAGAGGAUCCUUUGUUAAUGGCAUUCACAAGAGUGAAGGAGACAUAUGACCAGCUAUUCACAAGACAACAGUAUAUUACAAACAACCAUAAGCGGCAAAGAGGGGCUGCAAAAACCAGCAAAUGAAUAACCACAGGGAAAAAAGCAUAAAUACAAGAUACAGGAAAUAUUGUGCAGAUGGGAAGAAAAUCAGUUUGACCAAAGAAUUCAAGAGGCUGUACUUCAGAGGCUGGUUAAGACUUUGAGGCUCAAGAGAGGAAAGUCCAACUUCACUGGACCAAGAUACAAAGCAUUCUUCAUGUUUCAAAGUAAUAAUGGGUACAUGUCUUGGACUGAUAACUUAAGUUCCCAGACCCAAAUGUAUUCCAUAUAAAGACGAGACAUGAAAAAUCUGCUGUUUACUUCAGGAGACAGAAUAUUUUUAAGAACUUUAAGAACUUUGCCUGAGAGAAUAUGGAAAUAGAAGAAAGUAUAUUAAAAAAGAAAGACUAGUAGGGAGGUGCAGGAAGUGUUUGCAAUUUGUUUUAUUUGCUUGGGGUUGAGGUUAAUGAGCACUCGUGUUCACUUUUUUUUUUUUUUAAUUUGUUUGUUUUUUGUGAGUGAAACCUUUUGAAUGUUGUUAGGAUAAAUGAACUAAGUUCAAAGCUUUUCUUUGCCUUAAAUUGUACUGAAAGCUUAAAGAAAUAACUCUCUCCUUGCUUUGUCUGUCACACAUCUAGGUAUGUUUCUGCAUGUUUGUCAGCACUAAUGUAAAACCUGUCUUUACAGCUCUAGGCUUAAAUUGUGAAUGGAAAUGUGACUCAGUUUUGAAAAGCAGAUGUAAACAGCCCUCAUGGUGACUCAGUGUAAACCUAAUUAUAAGAAAACUGUUAUCAGCAGGGUAAAGCGAAUUGUAGCAAAUACACCCCUCUAAUGUUACCCUUUCACUGUGCUCUCUGCAGGAUUCAGCAGUUGUUCAUGGAGAUGUUGUCCAACAGUAGGCAGCUGCGAUGGUUGUCUUGCAGCUUCAUGCUGGGUCUGGUGACUCCCUGCUCCUUAGCCUGCUUGUCAAAUCCUUCAGCUGAGACCCUGAAACACCUCAGUUUACUGGACCACCAGCUGGGUAUGUGUUGACCAUACAUGUUCAAACUAGUAACAACUUCAGUCAAAAGUAACUUUGAUUUAGUGCGUUUUAGUAUCAUCUGUCACCUUUUUCCCCAAGGUCCCCUCAUCUCACCAUCAGAGCUGGAUCGUCUAUCAAAUCUUCAUUCUCUGGCUCUGGAUUUCUCCGAUUUGACAUCUGAGCUUUGUGGUCUUCUGGCAUCUCCACGCCGGACUCCUCUGCAUCGCCUCUCCCUGCUGCUCAAUGGCGCUGCCCUGGAGUUCAAACCAUUAGAGGGAACAGCAACAGAGGAUGAUUGGAAGGCACUGGUAAUGCAAGAGCUAUUAUAUUUUUUCAUUCCCAUAGACAAAAAAUAUAUACAAGGCCAACCACUGGUGCUCUCACGACAGUAUGUGAUUUUUUUUAAUAAGUCAAUGCAACAGACAUACAGUGCUUAGCCAUUUUCUGAUCUCAGUACUGCUGCGUCCUCAGCCAGUAUCCCCUGAUUCCCCUCCCAGGUUCGAGUGAGUGCCAACCUACGAGUGUACUUGAUGGCCCUGGAAGUCGACAGCUCAGAGCUCCUCAGGGUCCUAAAGCCAAGCCUUCCUCUGGAGCGCCUCCACCUUGACAGUUACAGCACACUGGUGUCAGACGCUACACUGGAACUCAUCUCUCAGCAGUACAACAAAACGCUGACUCACUUCAUACUCCUGAGGGAUGAUCCAGAGUUUCCUGACCUCAGUGUCAAUCGGAACGAAGACCCGCUGGUCCUCUUGGCAUGGAGAUGUACUCAACUGGCUGUACUGGUGAUACAUGGUGAGUUCAGCUUGAUUUUACCAGAAAGGAUACUAAAGCUGUUGAGAUAGAAUUAGCUGAACAGCAACUGCAGAACGUCUCUAAACAAAAGGUAAUUUUGAUCUUGGAAGCGAUUUGAAGUCCAGACAUAAUGAGCUAAUUUUCCAUUGCAUACACAUUUUAAAAAUGCAAAGUUUGAACACUUCAAAAUAUGAAAACCUUUUAGUUUUAAAGAGUUCGCGUUAAACACAGAGAUAACAUAAAACAACAUUUGUGUUGUGACCUUGAAGGCACCAAAAAGUUACCUUUUCAUGACAAUUUACAACUAGCAGAAGAGUCAGGUCAUCUCACAGUCAGAAGAUAGAUUGUGGCCUUGGGCAAGACAAUUAUAACCCCCAAACCGCCCCUGCUGGCUACAAAUGGGAUUGGUUAAUACUGAUGCAUGCUUAACAUAGCAGCAUUUGCCAUCAAUGGCAUGAAGGGGUCAGUGUGACAUAUAAUGCAAAAACACUCUGCAUGAUCAAGAAAAGCAGAGAAAGCACUUUUUUAACAUAGACCAUUGUCACCUUUUAUCAUUUAUAUGCCAGAUUGGGAAAUGUGGAGAGUAGUCCUCAAAACCCAUCUCUUGUAUGAAAGUCCUGGAAGUGCUUAUUUGACAGAAAUGUAAAACAGAUGUAGUGAAUACAUGAUUUUUAUCUCAGUAAUCAUAUAAUGUAUUAUGUGCUUAAUAUCUUUUUGUCUUUAUUCGUUUUGGAUCAAAUAAGACAUCAGGAAUGUAUAUAAAUAGUUUUUUUUUUUUUUUUUUUUUUUUUGCUUAAAGCUCUCAUUAGGAUUGUUUUAGACAUUUGUAAAAAAAAAAAAAAAAACUGGAAUCCAUGUAGAUACUUUUUCAUGAAAUGGCAAACAAGACUUACAAUAAUAGUAUUGUCAUUUUCAAUGCCUGAAACUGAUGUGAGAGGGGAGGUGUCAGCAAGGCAACUGAAAAAAAUAACCCAGUUUUUACAGUUCAUACAUAAAAAAGUGACAGUGAUUCAUUUGACUGUCAAAAGUCAGCAGUAUGAGAUUAUUUUGUCAAGAGGCACUACUGGACCAUUUAGAGCACUUUGUAAGUAAAGACUGCUUUGUCCACAGGGAUACCAGUCCAAGACUGACCCGAAUUAAAAACAAAAAUUAAACAUGUUCCUUAGAAAUUUGCCAAAAUAGCCUAAAAAUCCGAUACCAGAGAAUCAAUUCUUGGCCUGAGCCAUCAGAACUUAACAAAACCAAAAACCGAUGUACAUAUUGAACCCUUGCAUCGCAAAGCUUUACCAGCGGCCACAGGCUAAGUCACUUAAUGACAUAACAGAAUUUAUUCUUUGCUUUGGUCACUUCAACAAAAUAAAGAAGUUAGUCAUUUAAGAUUUGAGGGGUGGUUGUUGUUUUUCAUUUGUAGUUGUAUAAGAUACUUGUCAAUAAUUAGUGAAUAAUGGCAGUGGAAGACUGUCGAUGUUUUCUUGUUUGGAGAAGUCAGCCUACACAAAGGCUGAGCUCUGUACAGCUGCCCAUAAUUUGGACACUUUCACUCCUACAGAUAAAAAAAUAUUCCAGUCUUUUAUUUAUUUGUUUGUUAAUAUUGUUCAAUGUUUCACAGCCUCACUUUGAUGUCAAAAAGCUUUUUCCAGCAAAAAUAGUCCAAACCCAAAAGCUACAGGAAGCUAAAGUGUGUUUUAACAAUGGGUGACGUCAAGGGUGUUAUAUUUCUUUAGUGUGUGUGCGAUCGACUCAACCUCCCUGAUGCAUCUCUGUUUUGAAAGGUUACACUGUAUGGUCUCACAACUUGGUGGCCAUCUCUCGGCUGCGAGGUUCCAGUCUUCGUGUCCUGACCAUCUCAGAGGAGAGCAUCGACUUCGACCCAGACCAGUCAGUGUGCAUGGAGGGUGACCCAGUCCACAACCUGGUCAAGGAGGUUUCUCAGGGGUUGGGACGUGUUUGGCACCCUUGUCUGGAUUCCAGCCUGGUUUUAUCCGAACCCACCCAGCACUUCCAUCAAGAGCUGCAGGCCUUCAGCAUGGGCAUGUAGGCAGGGAUAGAAGAUCUGGCACAUCACUGCUGAAAGUGUGUCAAGACCAGGCCAGACCUACUGAGUCCAGGUCAGCUCAGAAACAAGACCAAAAGAAGUCCUAAGUGAGAAACCUAAACUGGAUCUUAUUAAAAUCCCGAAUUACAUUUAUGUGAACCGAUGUGAGCUCUUUGUUUUUUUGUUUUUUUUUUUUUUUUUUAAUUGAUUCAUUUUCUAUCCACAAAACCAUGUUCUCUAAAUGAUUAUGUAUUUUUUCUUGUUUAUUUUUUUCUUUUGCUUUGCUUUAUAAUUAUCUAGCUAGCCAUAUUUAACCUUUUUAUGUUUCAAAUAUUCAAUUAUAACUUGAUAUGCUAGUAGGAACAGUGAACUUUACUUAGUUUAAAGUCAUAGCUGUCUGUGAGAACUGACCACAGAAUAGACUUAACUCGUGGCCAUUCUCAAUUGGUCUGCAUUACUGGGCAAAUGUAAUGCGAUCUUAUCGGACAUGGUCUUGUCUGGUCUGGUCUUGAUCGACAAGUAUUCAGAGCUCGAUGUCUCUGCUUCACCUUAAUAACCUCCAGAGCCUCUUGAUGAUUUGUUUCUCCUUUUUUUAUUUUUAUUUGAAAGUUUCCUAAUCUCUUCCUGCUCUGUGUAUGAUCUUGUUUUUCCUGUGUGGUGGUUUCCUUGCCUGUAUAGGCUUUGUGUGUAUUUAAAAACAAAUAUAUUAUUCUCCUGCUCACAGCUAGAACAGUGCAGGGAGGCAGGCAGGUUGAGUGAUGGACCCGUGGGUUGGGGAUGUGUGUUCUGACACAAGCUACUUGCUUUAGUUGUGAAAGCAUUUUUUUUUUUAAUCUUUUGCUUCUCGUCAUUCUGUCUGCCUCACUCUGGCAACAUUUUUACUUUGUGAACUAACUGAUCAAUCCUCUCCUGGUUGACAAAAAUGCAGCUUCUUCUGAUGUUGCUUUGAAGAAGCACCUUGUGCAUUUGUCUGCUAGUUUGAGAGCCUCGCCAGCAGGGUUCGAAUCUCCACGGUGGUGUGGCUGAUUUGACAGGCGCUAUCUCCAGCAACAACCAUGUCAGUGCUUUGUCUCAGUUUUAUGAUCAUUGUAAAGUGAGUGGUGUCUCAAAACCAGAUGGUUUAUUUAAGGACUAUGAGCACCUUACUAAUGGUGUUAUGGAGAAUAUUGUUACAUGCUUGCAGCCAACACACUUCACACCAAGCUCACUUUUCAGAAACCUCACUAGUAGAUUAGGUAGGAAGCCUUUUCUUCUGACUGACAUUCAGAGCCAAACUGAAUAAGCCUGGUAAUAAUACUCAUUUCCAUUUUAAUUUGUAGUGAGCUGGUUGUAAAUCUGCAUUUUUUAAUUUCUGAAUAUAGCUGUCUUUGCUUUUCUUAAGAGGUCAACAUGUUUGAACUAGUAUCAAUGCUCUCAGAGUCCAUUUGUACUCCAGAGUGAAGUCAUCGAGUCAGGGACGAGUGCAUAAAAGUAUGAAGAGCUCUGACAUUAGAACUCCAUCUGUAUGAUCUUAAGAAAAGACAUUUUUUUCAUUUUAUAAUGCGACAUGUUCAUCUGAGUUUAAAGUCAUCUCUGUAGCUAUUUCCACAUUUGUCGAGCGGCCAUGCUGAAACAAAACCAGUUCUCAGUGAGCACGGCUUCUGCCAGCAGUUUUGAAGGCCGGAACUAGUUUCUCUCAAUUUCGGGGGUGAAACAUUUCAUGAUAACUAACAGGGAAAAGAAGAGGAUGAACUGAAUGUAACUUAGGUCUCAUUCUCUCAUUCAGCUGGCCAGUCAGUUUUUUAGUUUUAUGCUGAAGAAGGCUUGUUGCAUCGCUGUGUUUGCCUCAGAAAUUUAGCAGACGCAUAUCUUGCCAUAACAGUCAUAGCUGCUGAUAAAUGUGUUUUUGACAUUGUGGGUUCCACUGCCAGUCUAGGGCUGGUGUUAUUUUUGAAAGGUGGCGCCUACUGCACAACAAGGUUUGAGGUCACGUGGAGUAUUUCUGUGGCGAGUACUUUCUCUGUCAGUCUCAGGUAGGCUUUGAACAUCACUCUGACCAGGACAGUGGCAGUGAUGAUAUUGAGUAGGUUAUGUGAACAAUCAGUUAGUGUGAGUUGUAUCGUUGUCGUUCUUUUUUUCCUCUUGAGUCACAGUUGCCUUCAAAACAGCCCCUGUUUUAAGGAUACCGUUGUAAUUGUCGCUGUAAAUGAUGUUGUUUGUCUUGCCAUCUGAUAAAGCCUCACUCCGUCUUGGUUGAGUGGGGUCAGCAAACCUUAUCAUACAUUUGUUUUUAAAGAUUAAGGUUGAUCAUGACUUAAGAAUGGCAAAACCAUUCUGCUUGUUGCACAUGUUUAUUAUCUCCUGAAGAUGCUGGGGGAAGAGAGGAGCACUGAAAUGGAAGAAAAUCAAUGCUGUUAAUGGAGCUUAACCUGCUGGGCCCGAUUAAUGUCUGAACUGAAUGUAGUCCACUUUCUGAGGUUAAAUGUCUGGCACAGCACAUUCUAGUUGGCUAAGAAGCUGGCUGAUUCUUCUUCGAUUAAGGCCUGACUUUGUUUGGGUCACAGUUGCUUUUGUGGUCCAAUACUUAAGAAAAGACAAGGGAAGAAAUGUCUUUGCCUUUGUGUUUUUGAGGCUCUCUAGAAGAACAUGUACAUUCAGGACCCAAGCCAGCAUUGCCAACUGAAAUAUGGUUCUCAAGAUCAACCUUACGUGGGCCUGGUGUAGCAGCUGUGCAAUAUUACUCUCCGGUGAAGCAUUUCCUGAGCUCAGUUGUCAUUCAUCAAGGAGAAUCAAAGUUUCAUGUGGCUGCAGAGCACCGAUGUUUCUUUUUUUAAUACUGUCAGAAAGCCAUUGUUUGGAAAGUGCUUCUCCUGAGUGGCUGUGGUUUGGUGAUUGUGCAGCAGCAGCACUUUAGUGGUCCAGGUGAAGGCACUGCAGGCUGUGAAGGUCCAUAUCAAGGUGUCCUGCGAUGGACUGAAAUUGAACCACAGAUGUGUGUGACAGCAGCACGGGUUCAGAAUGAAUAGCUCUUGGUUGUGUGCCUGUGGUUACCAAAAGUUAGCUCCUCUUAAUGGUUUAGCCAUGAUAAUCUCCUUGUCCUUGGUCCAUAUCUCAGGAUAAAUGCACUUUGGCACCAAGAGCUUCUUUUUAAGGCUGUCUUUGGCUGUGAAUGGGACUGUGCACUCAGAGGGGAUGGCAAUACCAACAGGACACAUUAAGACCAAAGUGUGUCUGUUUUUAUCUAAUCCUUCCCCCCUUUUUUCAUCUCCUUUUUUUAGAACUCAGCUUUGCUUCUUUGUGUGAGAAUAAGCUGUUACAGGUUUGCGCCAUCAUGGAGGGAACAUUAACAACAAGUUUGUAAAGGAAUGUCGCAAACGGAUUUUUACAAACACAGAUUUUAAUGCGCUGUUUUUACAAACUCCUCUCAUUGUUUAGCCGGGAUUCCUCUACUACUCCCUGUUUUCUCAUCUCUCCACAUGUUGAAUUGUUCAAGUGGUCCAAACAUGUCUGCUCAGAGUAAAGAGAAGGGCUGCCAUUUCUCUCAAAAGGUGGAGUAAAAUUCAGACAUUAUUCCCAUUUUUACUCCAAUGCAGUUAUGAAAAUGCUCUUCCUUUAGGUUUGUUUAUUGAGAUUAUGGUUCGGAUGUUUUGUUAUUUCAUUUAGGUAAUGAAAUCAUUAAGAGAAAGACUAAGAACUUGGACUUUAUGCAAGAGAGCGGAUAAGAUUUGCAACACCUGUACUGUAUUCUAGCUUUUGUUCCUUUACCAAAACUCAUCAAAUCUAAAGACAAAGAUGGUUGAGGAAAAAGCUGAGUGAGGAGAAGACAAAGUUCUGCCAGUCUAGUAAGGCUGGCAUUUGUGCACCCUGUUAUUAAACAUGGUCACCGUAUAACAUAACCUGUUAGGAGUGGAAUAUCGACCAAGCUCUGAUCCCUUUGUGUCGACACCGACCGCCAUCUUGUGCCUGAAAGCUUCUGGAGUCUCACUGCUUGUCGAACCUCUGCUCCCAACUUAACUAGCUUUGUGUUGUCCGUAGCUGUUGCUGUGAUUGUUGUUUGACUCUUUAGGACAGCAGCGUCAGAAGCUACAGUGGCUUCAGAAAAUGUUUCAGCACACACACACUCUUUUUUUAUUAUUAUUUCUCUUUGAGUGUGCCUGUAUUUUCUGUGCAAGUUUCAUGUUAGCUUUCAAAAAGUAUAUAAAUAUAUCCAGUAGAGAUGAGUAAGAUAGUAUGAAUGUGUGCGCAAAUAAGAUCCCUGCAGUGCAGCCAUCAUAUGUUUUCUGAAUGCUGAUGUGUCUGUCUGUGUGUGUAUUAAAGAGCGGGGAGGGGGCUUGCUCAUGUUCAGCAGUGUCGUCUUAUCAAUUCUACUGCAGCAGGAAACAGGAACAGAAAUCGUUCGUUCUCAGGGUACAAUCAGAGGGAAAGUUACAAUAGCUCAGGCCUCUAGCUCACUCAUACGAGUGUAAGGAGUCACUGGAUCUGUUCUCCUCCCUCGUUGUGUUUAUAAGCUGCCAAAGACCACAGUGGAACAAAGUGAACCCAGACACAAGUCUAUCUGAAGUGCCCAUGUACACACACACUGGCAGGAGGCUGGUCCAGUGUUCUUUUCUACUCCAAACCUCCUUACUUUCUCUCCUCUGAACUCUCCACUUCUCUGACGACUCUGUAUGUAGUAUUUGAACGCUCCCUCUGUCACACUAUGGAUCAUUCUGUGCUGGACCAGCUACAAACAUCAACAACUUUGUUCUGUACUUGAUGUGAGGCCAGAGUUGUGUAAGUGAUUGCUUGUUCAGAAAUUUCAGAUAUGCUUUAUAGAUUGUGUUGUGCAGGAGAAAAAUGUAUCCCACAUCAGUCUUAAAAGCAGCCUUGUUACACACAAGGUCUCUACAGAAGAUAAGAGAGGCCAUGCUAGUCCAGUGCAGUGUGUUUCUAUUGUGUGACAGAGGUUUCAGCAGGGAGUGAGUUGGACAGGACCGUAUUCCACCUCCUUUCUCUUCCUUUCAUCACCUGUUUCACUGUGAGGAGUGAAUGAAUGUAGAACUUAAAGAUGAGGAGGAGAACGAGGAGUUCAAACUCAGAACACACAGUCAGGGACCUAACACUCGCACAGAUGCUUCCAGAGGCUACUUUGUGACAGAUAGUAGCUCCCCAGCUGAGGUCAGACUUGGCAGGAGGGGGUUUUGUCCCAGGCUUUUGAGCUGAAGGGAGAUGGACUGCUGGAGAUCAGGACAUUCCACACGGGGGUCGCUCAGGCUGUCGGAUUUGAACAGUUUACUACAAGUGUCUGCAUGAAAUUUGGACUCUAUUUAAAUAUAUUCUAUUUUUGUUUACUUUGAACAGGCUAGUCUGUUGUUGAAGGGAUCAGAGAUGCAGCUAGUGUUGACAAGUCACACCAGAAAACCAGCUGGUCUGCAGAGCGGAGGUGUGAUACCAUUUUUUUAGCAGUACUAUAGCUACGGUGUGUCACUGCAUCUAGAGUGAACUGCGUUUCAAUUGACCUUUUCAACUUUGUUUUUUUUUUUUUUCUUUUCAUUCUGAGGUCAUUUUUGGGGCGUAUAUGUCAGGCACUUUAAAGGCCACAAGUGAACCAACUUACACUGUAUGUGCUCAAAGACAAACUACUCUCGAUACAUAAUAAGUUGGAUGAAACUUUCGGUCUCACAGAUUGAAGAUCAUCUCAGUACAAUAACAUGCACAAAUACACAAGUCACAGUACCUAUUCACUAUGGGAACACAGUACCGAGAGUCUGGACUGAGGUUAUGGACACACUGUAUGAACACAGACAUUUGUGUGUGAUGAUACUACACUGUGUGUACAAAGAGUGACUGACACACAUCAAGUAGAGCCUUAUUUCAAAAGAAAUCAGCCGUGAUAACGAAAGCCUGAACGCUCUACAGAGAGGACGUGGAGUCAUUGUACAUAACCUGUAGGAUCUUUACAAUGAUGUGAUGCAGCCAGUUCAGUUUGCCCUCAUGACCUAUCACGUUAAGAGUAUGUUAUUUGUGCACUUUGACAUAUUCAUUGAGAAACUCUGGGAGACAGCAGGACCUGGGCCCCUGUGGUCUGAUGAACUGAAUCCACAGAGCUGGCCUCUAUUACACUCCUUCAGAGACAGUUUGCUACGACAGCUUCUUCAACUGUUGUGAUCGCAGAACUGUAAAUGCGCAGGGAACCAGAGAGUGGGGCCUGACACUUCUUCUUUUGCUAUUUGCCAAUACUAAUACCAUUGACAUGAGCUGAGUGGUAAAUGUGUUAUUUGAGUACCAAAGCAGCAGACUGUGUCAGAUCUGCAUCAGUCUGAACACAGGCUCAGAGCAACAGGCAGAAAGAGUUUCAUAUCCUCUUUGAAAUCUGCUCAGGCUCAAUGCCAUCUCAAGAGUUUGUGAUGUCGUCUCUCAGGAUGUUGGCAACAGAAAGCAUCAUUGAUAAAAAAAAAAAAGGUGCAGCAGCAAAGAGAAAGUAAGAAAGUUCUGGGCCUGUAACCUUCCUAAGAGAGUUUUAGGGAAGUCACGUGUUUCCGAAAGGAUGGCCAUUAAAAGACAGGGUUUCCUCAACACAAUGUGACAUUUCAGACACUUCCUGUUUGUUUUAUUUGUAUCUUCAUGCUAAGACCAUAGACUACUACCAGAACAUGGGCACACGUAGGAAUGUGAAGGGUUUGAUUCAACAUCCUGAUUUAUGUCAUUUCUGUUACUUGGGAAAAUACACUGGAGGUGAAUUACACUGGUAUAAAACCAAUCCUGUGUAACAGAUACAGAUGAUGUGUGUAAGGCUAGGUCAAAUCUCAGUGAAGGGGAGGUUCACACCGGGCCUUUGGUGUUAACUCCACCAAGAGCUUCACAGAGGUUUUGAUUCUCCAGUGUUUAAUAUCAGCCACAGCUGACACUAGAAGUAGUUUUCAGCCAGUUCAGGAUGGUAAUCCCACUUCAAGUGAAACAAGGGUUACAGCUGUGCACUCGCCAUAUUAAAUUUCAACAGGAGAAACCGCAAAAUGGCACAAAGUGCAUGACCUGGCCAAACCCUGUCAGCAGUUUUUGAAGAUCGGUGUAGUCUCUGGCUAUACCAAGGAACUGAUAGAUAUUCAUGCUCAGUGUCAGCCAACUAUCUUCAUUUAGGUCUCAUAGACUGUGGCUCUGAUUUUGCUGGCUGCAAAAACAAAGUCGUUCUUGUCAAGCCUGGAGAGCCAAACCUCCUAAUUAGCCAGGCAGGCAGGCCUGCUGCCCAGUCCAGCCUCACAACUAUGCAAGAAGAAUGCAUAUAAUCCACCCUUCCUCUCUUUCUUUCCCAGUUUUUAUAAUUUCCUUUUCUUUUUCUCACUGCCACGCAGUAGAAGUGAAGUCGUAAACUAAUAAGAACUUGUAAUGACAAUACUUGGCCUUAUGAUGAUUUCUGAAAUCUUUAUCAUUUUGUUUUAAGAUCUUUUGAUUCUGGUCAGCCAGCCAAGCAACAGCAGCGGUGACGGCAGGCUCACUCUUGGUCUCUGUGAGACUGGCUAGACGGCCCCUAGUUUUAUCGUGGUACGAAUGUUGUGCAUUUGUUUAAAAUCAGGACAGUUUGCAAUAACAGCAGUCAUACUAGUGGCCACAAAGGGGCACAAGCAGUGCUGACAGCGCCCGGCUGCAUCUUUAGAAAACCAUAGAGGAAGAGAUAUAAACUAUAUAAAUAGGUAUAUAAACUCACACAGUGCAUACUUGUAUAGGUAUCAACAAUGCAUUUCCGUGGUAUACUCUUUAUGCAACACAUGUCCGGGUUCAAUUUAUGAACAUGAAGUAUAUUAUAGAAUCACAGACUUUGUAAAUCAGAAGCUAUGUUGUUGUGUGUUUUCUGCGAAAAUGGUUUUACCAUCCUUAAUGUUGAAUAUUCUGAGCGUUAUGUUCCUGUGUGAUUGUGUUUGUUAAAGUGAGCACAUAGCAGUGGGUUUUACCUUCUUCUUGUAAGUAAGGAACCAGAUGGAACCAAAAACACAGCUGGACCAGAUUUCAUGCUAAAGGGAGAGUAUUUUAAAUAUACAGCACAUUUCAUUGGUAUCUUAAAAACACGCUUUUACAAUCUGAGUCUCUAACUCAAGGAUGGUCUUUCUUUAAUAUUUAAAAAGAUCUGUAAGCUUUAAACAAAGACUUUGAAGUCAACAGCAUAACUGAUGGCUGGAUUGAACCAGCAGAGAAACGUUCCCAGCCUCAAACAUCUCUCUGUUGUCCUUCUACAGAUGCUUUGGUUAAAAACUGCGACUGAAAUUUUAUCGAACUCUCUCACUUGAAACUUUACAGCUGUUUUUUUUGGUUCAGUCUGAAGGGAAAGAGUUCUCUCCAGCUGAGGAGGACAGAUUUUAUUUAAGAGAUCAGUGUUGAUCCGUGGUUCUGUUGAUGAGAAAAGGGAGGAAACGUUACAAACCUCCAUGUACAACCUCACAAUUGACAGAUGGUGUAAGAGAGGGGUCAACCUGCCGAAUGCUUAUUUGAAUUAAUGUUGAAUGAAUGCUUCUCUUCUUUUAGUCCGUGAAUAAAAGCAUCAAAAGAAGUC